AUGCCUCCUUCAACUACGCUCAUUCUGGCAGCCACAGUGCCCCGAUAUGGCAUCGGACUCAAUGGAGGACUUCCAUGGAGACUAGCCAAAGAAAUGAAGUUCUUCAAACAGGUGACUACAGCCCAGAAGAACGCCGUCGUCAUCAUGGGACGAACCACCUGGGACUCCAUUCCCCCCAAGUUCAGACCUCUUCCUGAUCGAACCAACAUUGUUCUCACUUCUAGACCCAUGACUGACGCUCCCGAGGAGGUUGUAGUCGCCCGGUCGUUCGACGAAGCGCUUACAAAGUGCCCCGAGGAUUCUACCGUUUACGUCAUCGGCGGAUCUCAGGUUUACAAGACCGCGCUGGUCCACGAACAUACAAAGGCCGUGCUUUUGACAGAAAUUACCUGUCCCGACGGCCACGUGGAAUGUGACACCUUCUUCGAGGGCUUUGACCAGGGUCUGUGGAAGAAGCAGCCUUAUGAACGUCUCCAAGACUUUGUGGGAGACAAGGUGGAGCUUCCUGGACGAGAUACUCCUGUGGAAGAGAAGGGCUUUUCUUUCGUUUACACCUUGUGGGAGAAAUAA